GGCGUCCUGGAGGAGGGUCUGGGCACUUCCGGGGAGCUUGGGGCGCAGCGCGGGUCAUGAUGACAGCCCUUGGGCCCUGGCUGUCCGCUGUCCUGUCCGCACGCGCAGAAGGGAGAGAGAGAGGAGCCCCAGCCCUCCUGGAGCACAGGUGUCUGCCGCUGAUGAAGACCCCCGCCCUGGACGAGGCCCACCACAGCAGGGAAACUGAGGCCAGCUCCUGGCGGGGUGAUUGGCCAGGAUUCCAGGCCCCAGCUGUGGGGACCUGGUCAGUGAGGCCACAGGGAGGCACACCGGUCCCAGUGCCUCCGGUCUUCCUGCCCCAGACGCAGGCAGGAUCCAGCCCAGCCCUGCACUCGCCCUCUGCCCACUGCCGGCGCUGUGGUCCACAUCCCAGCCAGGGCAUGCAGCGCCAGGCCCUCCUGACUCCUGGAAGGACAGGGACGCGGCAACACAGCUUCCUGACCCGCACGGUCCUGGCACCUGUUGGGGGGCAGCCUGCGGGCCACUGCACCCCCUCCUGUGCCCACACAGCUGGAGACCUGCCCUGCCCUCUUCCACCCCAGCCCCAGCUCUCUGCCGUCCCCAGGGGUCCCCACUCCCAUGCGCUUAGCGACCAGGGUCCCUCCCGUGGUCCAGGGUCCCUGGGGCGCACUCUGGGGAGGUCUGCCUGACGGGGGUCGGUUGUGGGACCAAGGGGAUGGAGCUCCUGGCUGGGCGUGCGCUCUGCCCAGGAAGGGGACA